GUUCACCUUUGUCUUGCAUUCGUCACGCAACAGUCCACACUGUCCACAGCAAAGAGAGUGAUCGUUGAAUUAUUUUUAACAUUUUAAGGUUAUGUUUACAGUUAAUCAUUUUUUGUUACUGUUGUAGGCUACUACAUUUAAAUGUGGUUUUGUGAAUUUCCCAGCCAUGUCAGAAGAAGAUAGUUCAAAAGGAAAAGAGACAAAAGUGAUAGCUGAUGGAGUGAAUGAUGAAGAUGAAAAUAAGGAAAACUUUGACAACCGAAGGAAACGCAGACGUCUGAAAAAGAAUGGGAAUAGCAGAUCGAGGAGUAGUACGGAUGGAUCUUCGGUGGGUUAUGGCAGUGGAGGUAGGCAUCACCGGAGUAGGUCAUCCUCCAAGCGCUCUGAAACAAUACAGAGUCGUCUGCAAUAUGGAGGAAAUACAGGUCACUAUGAUGGUGAAAAGCAUGCAACGGCCAUAACUUCUGUACUGGAUGACUUGAAAGAUGAUAUUCUGUAUUGCCAACAAUCUGAUUUGAAGGAGAUGAAAGGAAAGUUGAAAACGGUUAGUGACAUAGUGUCGAGUGGUGAAGAGGUGUUCAUUGAAGGCAGACAUGGUUUCACUCCGGCGUCACGGUCCACUGCUCUCAGAAACCAUUCGUCAUCAAUGUGGCUAGAGGAUGUUGCAGAAUUGAACUAUCAAACGCCUCUAGACUUGGCAAUUCUGGUUCAGAGACUGUUCACACCAUUGAGUACGAUUUGCUUCGGACUUCUGGGUGGAGUGGCACUCAUGCAAUCGUUUCUGUCUUAUGGAUAUCUCCAAUCAAACAAUAAGGUUGAAGAUCUGUUCAUGUUCAUGGAAUCUUACACAAUAUUUGCAAGAGUCGCUCCGACAACCUUCUACAUUCUACUGGCUGUUUGCAUAGUUGCUGUUUUCGACAGGUUUGAUUUGGCGCAUUUGGAUUUGACGCAUUGCACAGAUACGAUGUUCAACCGUCAGGGCUGGUUCCUCCUUAUCAUUUACUUGCUGACCCUUCUUCUCACUCUGUGGUCUGCAGAACUCGAUGAUAUGCUAAUGCUGUAUCCUCACGACAAGUCAUUCACAAAAAAUCGUGAGGAGCUGUAUAAUAAGCUUUCGCAAUGGCAUACGUUGAAUGUAUGUCGUUGCAUAUUUGCAAUGCUUGGCUGGUUGGUGAUAUCCAUCACAGAACCAGAGGAUCUCCUUCUACAGCAUUUGAAAGCCAUCAAACAGUUCGAUGUUCAGCCAAAAGACAUACUCCUUGUCAGCAGUCCAUCCUCUACAGCACGAUAUUGAAAAUUAAACACUUGAAAUAUUUCAAAAACCAAAUCAAAAUAUUUUUCGAUCAAAACUGAAAAUUUGAUGAUCGCAAAAUUUUUAGUCAAAACUGGUAAUUUGAUGAUCAAAAUAUUUUUUGGUCAAAACUUGGAGUUUGAUGAUCAAAAAUUCUUCAAUCAAAACUGGAAAUUAGAUAAUCAAAAUAUUUUCAAUCAAAACUUGAAAUUUGAUGAUCAAAAUAUUUUUUAGUGAGGGGAAUUGAUAAUCAAAAUAUUUGAUCCAUAGCUUAAUAUACGGUACAGAUAAGACUUGCCCUAGUAGUUGACAUAGUUUUUGAAAGAUUUUUCAUUCAAGAUUCAAAGCGAUAUAUUAUUAUUAUUAUUAAAAACUUUUCAAUUCUUUAUUCAGAUUCAUCAAUAAUAAUUGAAUCUCUAGUCAAGACAAAUAUAUGUGAUUAAUAGCUCUAGUCAAUAAUCUAAUCAAAACUUAUAACAAUAAUAUGUCUGAGCACUUUUUGUUCAGGAAGUAUUUUCUGGAUUAUGUGUUUUUCACACACAAUAAAAGCAAGUUGAAUAUUUC